AUGCUCCGGGCACUCCACUGGGCCCUCGCCCUCCUCUUUCUGCUAUCGGGAGCCCUCGCUGGCUCCCUCUACUCCAUCCUCGGAGUGGCAAAGGAUGCUAGCGAGUCGGAUAUCAAGCGUGCAUACCGCUACCACCCAGACAUUAACCCGGACGAGAGCGCACACGAGAAGUUUAUUGAGGUUGCCAAGGACAGCGAGACUCGCCAGAUCUACGACCGCGGCGGCGAGGAGGGCCUGAAGCGUCACGAGGAGCGCAAGGCCGGCGGCGGCGACCCGUUUGCCCAGUUCUUCGGUGGUGGUAGGCAAGAGCCUCCCCGUGGCCCCAGCGUCGUCACCAACCUCGAGGUCCACCUUGCCGACAUGUACACUGGCCGCACUGUCGAGUUUAACAUUCCCCGUCGUGUCAUUUGCUCUCACUGCAACGGAUCCGGAGCGCACUCGCCUGCCCAUAUCAAGCAGUGCGGUACAUGCCAGGGCCAGGGCGUUGUCAUCCAGAAGCACCAGGUGUUCCCCGGCAUGUUCACCAACGUCCAGAUGACUUGUCCCCACUGCAACGGCCAGGGCCAGUCCAUCACCCGUCAAUGCGGCAAAUGCGAGGGCCACCGCGUGGUGCAGACCCAGAACACUCUGGCCAUCAACAUCCCUGGCGGUGCUCCUGAGGGCUUUGAGGAGGUGUUCCACGGCGAGGCAGACGAGAGCCCCGACUAUGAUGCCGGCGACGUCAUUGUGCGCGUGCGCUCAAGGCGUGAAUCGAGCAAGGAGUGGACUCGCAAGGAGGCUGGUCUCGUUGGACGGGUGACGCUUAGUGUGGCUGAGGCACUUCUUGGAUUCGAGCGCAACCUGACGACCCUUGACGGUCGUGUUAUCCCACUGGCACGAGGCGGAACCACACAGCCCGGCGAGGUUGAGGUCAUUGAGGGCGAGGGAAUGCCCUCGUACCACGACAUCCCUCAAGGCGACAUGUACAUCGAGUACAGCGUCGUCAUGCCUACAGUUGUUACUGACGCGACUAGGAGGAAGCUGUUGGACGUGUUUAGCGGUAGUGGGCUCGUCCGUGACGAGCUGUGA